AUGGUCGCGAGCAACCCGCUCUUCGUCGGGUGGAGCAUCCGCAAGUUCAAUGCGACGGUCGUGAACGACGUGUGGCCCGAGGUGCUGCUUUUCAGCGGCGUUGCUACCAUGGUCGCAUGCGUAACGAAGCUGACGAGCCACCACCUGGGCAUCUCGAACGUGCUGCUGUCGGUGCUGGGCACCGUGCUCGGCCUCGUGAUCUCCUUCCGCACGUCGAGUGCGUACGAACGGUAUCAGGAGGGCCGCAAGAUGUGGACGAACAUCGCUAUCGCGUCGCGGAAUAUUGGGCAGAUUAUCUGGGUGCACGUGCCCCACGAGCGCAAGGACAUGAGCACGGUGGAGAGCGUCGUGGAGAAGAAGUCGAUGAUGAACCUCGUGCAGGCAUUUUCCGUCGCGGUCAAGCACUUCCUUCGUGAAGAACCUGGUGUCUAUUACCAGGACCUGUACCCGCUCAUCUGCUUUUUACCGCGCUACGCAACGCAAGUGGCCCCGACCACCGCCGACAUGCUCCCGCUCUGGCAAGCAUCUGAAGACGAGCGCUUUCCCUUGCACACCGCCUCCGCGCCCGGCUCGUCCACCCAAUCGCUCCCGACCUCCUUCCCCUCCGAAAAGCCCAAAUCGAAACGGCGGCACCACACAUUCGACCCGGAGGAGGCACUGGCCUCGGUCCAGGCCCACCGCCCGCUGCUCCCCGCCCGCAACCCGCCCGAAACACACUUUCUGGACUACUUCCCGAUCUUGAAAGUGUUCCCGUGGCUGUUCAGCAGCUGCAGCCGGCGGGUUCGUGCGACGCUGAUGCGCAAGCAAAACCCGAAGAAGAAAAAGGGCCCGCUCGCGGAGAGCAACGUCCCGCUCGAGAUCACGAUUUACCUGUCCGGGUAUCUUGCUCACCUGCUCCGCAACGGCUGGCUCAUGCCCGCGCUUGCGACGGGGCUGAUGAACAACAUCUCCGCGCUGCAGGACACGAUGUCGAACCUGGAGCGCAUUGGGUCGACGCCGCUGCCGUUUGCAUACCAGGCACACCUCCGCAUGUCGCUCUGGCUGUACCUCUUCUUCCUCCCGUUCCAGGUGAUCAGCACCUUUGGCUGGCUCACGAUCCCCGGCACUGCCUUUGCGAGCUUCCUGCUGCUCGGCUUCCUCGAGAUCGGCCAGGAGAUUGAGAAUCCCUUCCAAUACGACCUGAACGACCUGGACUUGGACGCGUUCUGCCGCGCCAUUCAGCGCGAGCUGCACGAGAUCGCGGCCCACACCGCCCCGGCGCCCGCCGAGUUUGUCUUCUCCACGUGGAACCAGCCGCUCGCGCCCGCCGACCGCCGCAGCGCCGCGGAGCUCGUCGCGGCGGGCGGGAAUGACUACACACACGCGGACCACGGCGACUCCGAGCCGGGCAUGAUGAGCAUCCGCAGGGUGCUGCUGAAGAACUACGUCGAUGUCGAGCGGCUGACGCGGCAGAUGCAGUAA